AUUAACGAUUUUAUCGUCAGUUUUGCUUUGGAUUAGUUCAAGAUAAGAAUUAGAAAGAUGAUAAGCUUAGCGUUAAUUUCGUAAUAAUGGCAUCAAAAAUUCAAGGUAAAAUUCACUACUUGGAUAUUUUUGUUGCCUAAAAAUGUCUUGCGUUCGUAGGAGCAGUAAUAAACUAACAACUAAAGAUCAUAUUUUAUUUUUUGCAAUGAAAGGUCAAUCAUCAGUAAUCAGUGAGAGGAGAGAAACCAAUGAGUGGAAUAGUUACCUGUUCAAUUUACAAACUCAAGCACCGAAACCAAAGGCUGUUAUUUGUCCUAAGCGGGUUUGUAUCUUUAAAGCUUAUGAAAAAAAUUCGUCAUAAACCUUUUGUUUGAGGUUGUAGCCUCUCAUAAAAAUCGUGUAAAAGAUGAAUACUUUGAUUAGCAAAAAUAAUGUUUUGUUUUGGAUGUUUUUUAGAUUGAGAAUCGACCGUCUUUUUAUGGUAAUGAAUAUCACGGAUCAAUUUCCCGAGAUGAGGCGACAAAUCUAUUGCAGAGUAAAACUGAAGAUGGUGCCUAUCUUGUUCGAGAAAGUCAGCGAGCCCCUGGUCAAUUUACAUUAAUGAUUAAAUUUAAUAAUGAAGUGAGAAAUUAUCAGAUAUACUAUGAAGGUCAACAUCAAAUAGGAGACAAGUAUUUUUCUACAUUAACAGACCUAGUUGCAGACGGUUUAAUAACGUUUUACAUAGAACUGAAGGCUGCUGAUUAUAUUCUAGCUUUGUCAAGCAGAAAUUAUUCAGAUAGUCCUUAUUGCCGAUAUACUCUUGAACAGCGAAAGAAAGCUGCCCAAAAAAAAGCUGAUUCUAAUAAACUAAAAUCUCCUCAAAAAAUGAAGAUUCCUGCAAAAGUUGUGACUGAAAAUGCUAUGCUAAAUCGAUUGAUGGUUGAAAAGCAACGUAAUAUCGUAGAUCGAGCAGGCGGCGCAAAAGUUGUAGUGGACCUAAAAGAUCAUCUGCCUAAUAUUCACAAGGAAUUAGAAAACUCCUCAAGCAGUCGAUCUUCGAUCUCUCGUCGAUCUAACAAUUCAGUAACUCUAAGCAGUAGCACUAUUUCUCCUGAAGUAACUAAUACACCAGGAGAAUUCGAGAAACCUCAUAAAUUCAAAACCCAUUCUUUCAUGGGUCCUCAUUGGUGUGAUUUCUGUGCUAAUUAUUUAUGGGGUUUGGUGAAUCAGGGUGUGAAAUGCCAAGAUUGUGGUUUUGCGGCCCAUAAACAUUGCUCUGAAAAGCUCCCAUCUGAUUGCGCCCCUGAGAUGAAAUAUGUUAAAAGAGUGUUUGGCGUUGAUCUUACAACUUUAGCCAAGGCAACUAAUAAUCUAAUUCCUUUCGUGGUUGAAAAGUGUGUCAAGGAAAUUGAACGCAGAGGUGUGCAUUUUGAAGGUUUAUACAGAAUAGGCGGUCAUUUAGAUGGCAUUGAUUUCAUUAGGAUGGGUUUUGAUAGAGAAGGGGAAAAUAUCGAAUUAAAUCAAGAAGACGAUGAAAAUGUCAUAACCUCUGUUUUGAAACUGUACCUUCGAUCGCUUCCCAUUCCAGUUAUUACGUAUGAAAUAUAUCAAUCGUCUAUGGAAAUAAUAAAGAGAGAUUUUAAUCAAGAAUCGUUAAAAUUAGAAAAUCUCAAAAAAAGCAUUGAGCAGUUACCACCUGCUCAUUAUCAUACUUUAAAGUAUUUGAUGAAGCACCUUCAUAGAGUUGUGAAAAUGCAGGAUACGAACAAAAUGACUUCUGAUAACUUAGCAACAAUUUUUGCUCCAACUCUAUUCCAAUCAAUAGACGCCGACUUAGCUACUCGAUUACAAAUUUUUCAAUAUGAGAGAGAGUUAAUUGAAGUUUUAAUUUCACACCAAAUGAUUAUAUUUGGAAAUGAAUAA